AUGACCAAAGCUCAACAAACAAUUUCUCAGGUCGCCACUAUUGUCUCAAUUUACGUCGCACUGGUGGUUGGUCUUAUUCCAAUUCCUGCAACUGUACGCUCUGAAAUUGUGCCUGUGCUUCCCUGGUGGGGGCUGGUUGCAUUUGGAUCUUACUCUCUGGCUACCUUGGGUUGGGGGAUUUUCUCUUUCAAGAAUAAGGAAGCUGAGUACCAUACUCUGUUAAAGGAAAUUGACGAAGCUAAGCGGGAUCUUAAAUCAAAGGGUGUUACUAUUGAGGAAUAA